CGACCAUUGUCGACAUUUGGGCUAGAUAGUCUACUUACUUUGGUCGACUAUCUCCUUUUUGUGACUUGACUUGAUUAUAUGGCUACCACCAGCACAGCGACCGCACCGAAUGCGCAUACCCAGAACCAUCUGGACACCAAGCCAGGAGGGAGCAAGGCUGCUCCAAGUGCUGGAGCAAGACAAGACGGUGGUCCACCAGGUCCUCCCCCUGUGGGACCUGUGCCUCCCACCCCCGCAAAGCAGAUAAAUGGAGCGUCCAAGUCGCCUGCUCCCGCCAGUACGCAUGCGACCGCUACUCCGGGUGGGGGCAGUACGGCCCAGAACACUCCGGGGAAAGGGAAGAAGAAACCUGAUCCGCCGGACGUAAUGGCUAUGUAUGAGAGUGUGAAGAGUCGCAUUGCUGCGUUGGAGUCAGAGGAGGUGCAUGGGGAGGAGGAAGAGAAGAAGAUCACGGAGGAAGCGAGAAACUCGAUCAAGGAUCAGACUGAGAGUGCCAUUCAACAAAAGUAUAUUGAGCUGUUUGCGGAGAUGAAACGUCUUGAGCGAGAGCACGCGAAGGAGAGGCAAAAGCUGACGAAAGACAAGGAUGCGGCAAAAUCCCAGUUGACAAAGGCGAACCAAGGGAGGACGAAGUUGGAGAACUUGGCGCGGGAACUGCAGAAGGAUAACCGGAAGUUGCGUGACGACGGCAAGCGCCUUGCUGGGUCGAUUGAAGAAGUGCAAGAGGAGCUUGCGCACAUGAAGACCCAAGUUGAGCGGCGCACUGCAGCUCUGAUGCGGAGACGCGACCCUUCCCGUUUGGCCCCGAAUGGGCAGGCCCCGUCCGACCUGGUAGUCAAGGUCGUGUGCAAGUACAGGGCCGAGCUGUUCUUCAAGAUCUCCCGAAAGACGAAGCUCUCUCGGUUAUUUAGUGCGUGGACGGAUAGGAUGGCGAGUGCAGAGGAGGCCACGCUGAGCCAGCAGGAGAAAGGCAAGGGCCCUGUGGUUACCAGCGUGGAUGGCAAGGAGGCGAAGGGGAAGAAACGCGAGCCGCCACCUAUGACAUUCCUUUUCACGCAUGUCGGGCGAAGUCUGGAGCCGGAUACGACACCGGACGAGGCGGGAAUGGAAGAUGGAGAUGAGAUCCUCGCGGUCGAGUUGAUGGAUCUGACGGGGCCGGAGGUAGAGAAGGAGCUGCCAGAUGGGAAGCGGGUCUUGUUGCAGAAGAACUGGACAGAUAGUCCAGCUGAAGCGAGGAAGGCGGUGGAAGAGCUGUUUGAUGGCAUGGUGAGAGAGCGGCUGAAGGACGUGUUGAGGCAGUACGAAUUGCGAGAAAAGCACUUCGACUGUGUGAUCCGGUCCAAGGAGCUCGAAGUACUGCUAGCCCAAGCGCGCGUGGACGAAUCCCGGCACGCAGCAGACGGAGAACGGCGGAUUGCUACUGUCGCCGAGACGCAAAACCAGCAGCUAAGACUCCAGAUGGAGGAGAUGCAGAACUCGCAGGCCCGGCUUAUGGACAAGCUCAUCACUUGUUGCAAGGAGCCGACCGGUGAGAGGACGCAGAAGCUGUUCGCGUUCCUGCGAGAAGAGCUGGAGAGACGGGGAACAAAAGUAUUGGAUAUGAUGCCACCUGCGACCCCUGAUUUGUCUGGAGUGGACUAACGCCCACCGGCCAACGCGAAC